CCCGUUAUGACGUCGUCGUCGUCGCCGCCGCUGCGCGUCUCGGCCUUUGAUCUUCCGCCAAUUUAACCCUCAAACAUCCUGUCUUCGUCUCUCGCAAUCACUGUUAAUAACUCUCGUGUGUGUGUCAUUGUGCACAACAGAGCGCAGCUCAACGUCGCGAUCACGUUGUUUUUAUGCGAAAGACCUAUGCGAGCGUUCCAAACGUUUGUCGCUUCGUGAAGAUCGCGACGACUUUGCGACGACGACGACGACAAAUUUCCAUUGUUCCCAUUUGUCUGAUACAGUCGCUGUAGCGUAACGCGUUUGUUAUAAAUACUGUCAACAAAUACAAUAUCGGACAUUCGGAAUGCAUAAGUAGGGAGUCAGAGAACGUUGCAGACUUUAGAAUUGGUAUCGAUUCCUCUAAGGAAGAGGAUGGCUCAUAGCUCUCAAACCUAUGGAUCUACGGAUCACCGAGUGGAUGUACCUGAUAUAGGAUUUAGUCCUACCGAACUUUAUAGUCUCAGUGAAAAUAUUACCACUAACAUAUAUACGAUUAACACGAGUUGGAGGACCUUGGAAAAGGCUUACAAAAACAUCGGAACUAGCAAGGAUAAUCAGGGCUUAAGAGACAAAGUACAUGUAACACAAUUAAGUACCAACCAGGUGGUCACGCAGACAAGCAAGGACAUAGCUAGAUUGACAGUAUUGAUGAGACAUGGGGAUAAGCAGCAGAAGUUACAAAUUGAGAAACUUACAACAGACUUUAAAGAUGCAUUACAGAGAUAUUCCUAUAUGCAGAAGUCAAUUGUGGAAAAAAUGAAGAGACAUAUUUUAACUAUAACUAAUAUAGAAAAUACAAUAGACGGGGAGGACGCUGAUGAGACACAGAGCCUGCUUCAAGCACAGGAGCAGCAACGUAAAACCACACAAAGGACGCUUGAAUUUCAACAAGGUCUGCUAUUGGAGAGAGAAGAUAGAAUAAGGCGAAUCGAGGGGGAUAUUUUGGAUGUAAAUCAAAUUAUGCGUGAGCUCGCAGCAUUGGUGCAUCAGCAGGGUGAUACUAUUGAUACAAUCGACAACCAUAUAGAAAACAUGCACGGCAAUGUCGAGCUGGGAGCGCAGGAACUGGCGAAGGGAAGUAAUUACCAAAGUAAAUUUCGUCGAAAAGUCUAUAUCUUGAUGUUACUCGCGAUUAUAGUUGUCAUUGUAUUAAUUGUUAUUCUAGUCACUAAAUUAAGUUAGCGCACCUAGCCUUCAUGGUUCUUGCGAGAAGGUAAAACGAAAAGGGUUGUCUCAAUCUGUUUCACGUAUUGUUUGAAUAACCUCCUCUAAAUUAAUCUCGUUUCGCCCAUUUCUCUCUGUAUAUUAGUGAUGUAACACGAGGAGAGUAUAGAGACUUGUUUUAUAAUCUGCGCGCUUACGAAUGAACUAUCUGUCGCGCACAGAGAUGUUAGCUAUUUCUAGAUUUUAUAAAGACAGUAUUUAAAAAAAAAAAAAUAUAUA